UUAAUGGGAGGAGCAAAUUUUUCCUGCAAAAAACUGCUCUAGGCAAAGUGACUUCCAACAAGAGAGGGUAAAAUAACCUGAGCUAGAGUCCAGACAACCAAAUCUGUUAAAGCAACAGAAGCUCCUGAUUUCCAUCUGAACGCGUGACCCCAGAGCCACAGACGAUGUUUUCCAGCCUUGUUAGAGAUAUAUGUGGUUACAUGUCUAAACUUUUAUCUAUAUAUAGGAUGCAUCUAAAUACUUUAAACAAAUGUGCGGUGAUGAAGCUGGAAAUUAGUCCUCAUCAGAAAUGACAGCCACCUGAGGGCCAAGCUGAUGUUUGGGGAGAUGGAGUAGCUUCUUCCAUCACAGGUGAGGAGCCGUCAAGCUGUGCCAUGCCAGGGCACCAUCUGCUGCAAGAUUGCAUCUCCUCUGAGUGGCAUGAGAGCCACAGUAGGGCCAGCACAAAUCCUCCCUCGCUUCACACCCACAUGCUGGUGAUGAGCUGACAAGCUGCAGAUGGAGCAGAUAGUGGGACUCUGUGCUGAUGCCAGUAAGUAAAGAAGAAGGAAUAAGAAAGACACUGUGUGAUCUAGUAUUAAUAAGGAAAACUCCGUGGCUUUUGAGGAUGUGGCUGUGAACUUUACCCACGAGGAAUGGGCUUUGCUAGAUUCUUCUCAGAAGAAUCUCUACAGAGAAGUGAUGCAGGAAACCUGCAGGAACCUGGCUUCUGUAGGAAACAAAUGGAAAGAUCAGAAUAUUGAAGAUCACUUUGAAAAACCUGGGAAAGAUGUAAGAUAAUUUGCACUGAGAAGAGGAAAUAAAGUCCUCUGAAGGAAUCUUAGCAUGUUAUGAACUUAAAAACAAGCAAUCAAAACAAAAAUCAUAUGGUACAGAGACUGUGUGAAAGCAAAGAAGGUAGUCAGUAUGCAGUUGUCAGCCAAAUUCCAAAUCUUGAUCUGAAUGAAAACAUUUCUACUGGAUUAAAACAAUGUGAAUGCAGUAUUUGUGGAAAAGUCUUUGUACGUCAUUCCCUCCUUAAUAGGCACAUCCUAGCUCACUCAGGAUACAAACCAUAUGGAGAGAAGCAAUAUAAAUGUGAACAGUGUGGGAAAUUCUUCGUUUUUGUUCCAGGUGUUAGAAGACACAUGAUAAUGCACAGUGGAAAUCCAGCUUAUAAAAGUACGAUAUGUGGGAAAGCUUUUUAUUUUCUCAAUUCAGUUGAAAGACAUCAGAGAACUCACACAGGAGAAAAACCCUAUAAAUGUAAACAAUGUGGUAAAGUGUUCACUGUUUCCGGUUCUUGUCUAAUACAUGAACGAACCCACACUGGAGAGGAACCCUACAAAUGUAAGGAAUGUGGGAAAACAUUCGGAUUUUCUUGUUCUUUUAAGACGCAUGAAAGGACUCACACUUGGGAAAGACCCUAUAAAUGUACCAAAUGUGAUAAAGCCUUCAGCUGUUCCACUUCCCUUCAUUACCAUGGAAGCAUUCAUACUGGAGAGAGACCCUAUGAAUGUAAACAAUGUGGCAAAGCCUUUAGUCAUUUGAGUUCCCUUUGUAACCAUAGAAGUACUCAUACUGGAGAGAAACCCUAUGAAUGUAAACAAUGUGACCAAGCCUUCAGUCGCCCCAGUUCCCAAAGGUGUGUGUAUUGCUUGAACCCAGGAAUUCAUAACCAGCCUGGAUUAAAACAAUGUGAAACAACCUGGGAAACAUGGUGAAACCCUGUAUCUACAAAAAAUAAAAUAAUGCUGGGUGCAGUGGCUCAUGCCAGUUACUCA